GUUUAAUCUUGAGAACUGCUUGACCAGGUAGAGAGUCGAAGUGUAAACUGUAGUCCUCUAGGGUUUAGCCAUCGCCAUUUUCGCCGGCCGGAACACACACAGACCCUCUCUAGCUUCCGGCGAUCUGCUUUUUAAUCGGGAUUUUUGGUCAUGGCGCUGAACUGCAUGAAAUCAUUACGAAGCAUUACCAUCAGAAGUGAGGUGAUUGGGGUCCUAGGCUGUAGAACAUAUGCUGCUGGUAAAGCAAAGAAGGGAGCAAAAGCAGGCGGAGCUGCAGAUGCUCCAAAGAAGUCACUUCUCACCAAAGAGUUGAAAUCCACUACAGUUGUUGGCGCGAAUAUUCUCAAGGAAGGAGGAGACCCUAAGGUUUUGGCAGACUCUGAGUAUCCUGAUUGGUUGUGGCACCUUCUCGAUAAACGUCCUGCACUAAGUGAGCUACGAAGAAAAAGCACAGAAACUCUCCCAUAUGAUGACCUCAAACGUUUUGUUAAGCUGGACAACCGAGCAAGGAUAAAGGAAAACAACUCACUCAAAGCCAAGAAUUAAUUGAAAAUCUGGAAAAGAUCAAAUGCUUUCUGGUGGUUGUUCCGAUCCCUGCAAAUCCAAGCCUUCGUAAUUGACUUAUACGUGCUUUUAAAUUUGGUUCGUGAAGUAGACCCUAUAUGUUAGCAUAUUUUGGCUGUAAUUCCUUUUGUUUUUUCUGCCAAUUCACCUCCUGCAG